AUGUUGAGAAUCUCGAUUGUUCCGGAUACGAAUGUUUUUAUGCUGCAUUUAGAUGUGAUUAGAAAGUUGUAUGAAGAUGAGUUUCCAAUAGAUGUUGCGAUGUCUAUAUCGAAGGUUGUUCUACAAGAGCUAGAUCAUAAUAAGAGUAAGAUGACCGAGGCUAGAAAGGCAAUUCGAUUUCUUGAGAAGGUGUACAAUGCAUCGAUCACCGAGCUUGAAGGAAAGCUGAAGGACAACAGCAUGGAUGUUGUUGAUGGAAGUAAGCUUAUAUCGGAAGUGCAGAAUAAUGAUGACAAAAUCUUGAACUUUGCAUCGAAGCAAAUCCAUCCGGUUGUUUUGACAAACGACAAAGCGUUUUAUCUGAAAUCGAAGUGCUAUAAUGUUGAGUCCAUUCUGAUGCAAGGUCUGUCUUAUGAAGAGCUGAAGAUCAAGAUCCUAGGAAUUUACACAGGAAUAGAGCCUAUGGAUAUUGAUGAAGAGAACAGUAAGCUGAACGAAGAUGAGAAGAUAAAAGAGCUGAUUCGAGACAAGCUCCUGCCAACCAUCCUGUUGAUAAUGGAGAAAAGUAUAGGAAAACCUUAUGUACUUUUUUUUCCAGAUGACCUUAAGGCAGUGACUCUUGAAUUUUUGUUAGAUCUGAUAAUCAAGGAAAACAGCCUAUUCCACUCGUACUUACCUCGGAAGUCCAAGGAGAUAGUUCUGGGAUUGAAGAAGAAGUUCAAGAAGGCAAAGGGAGAAGAGCUUCUGAGGCUUGGCUCUGAGCUUUUGAUGAUGUUUAGGAUUGUGUACUAA